AUGACUGAUUCAGAUUUUGAUGGUUUUUCUGAUGUGAGUAAUGGGAAUCUUGAAGAAGGUAUGCUGGAUGAAUCUAGUAUGUCAAGUUCUUAUGUCACACAUCCGUCUGAUCCACCUAGCUCUAUGACAAGUUCAGAUCGGUCUGACGUAACACAUCAGAGCUCUAUGACCAGUACAGAUCAGGCUGACGUGACACAUCAGUCUGAUCCACCUAGCUCUAUGACCAGUACAGAUCAGGCUGACGUGACACACCAGUCUGAUCCACAUAGCUCUAUGACCAGUUCAGAUCAGUCUAAUGUGACACAUCAGUCUGAUUCACAUAGCUCUAUGACCAGUACAGGUCAGGCUGACGUGACACAUCAGUCUUAUCCACCUAGCUCUAUGACCAGUACAGAUCAGGCUGACGUGACACACCAGUCUGAUCCACAUAGCUCUAUAACCAGUACAGAUCAGUCUUAUGUGACACAUCAGUCUGAUCCACCUAGCUAUGUGACCAGUACAGAUCAGGCUGACGUGACACAUCAGUCUGAUCCACUUAGCUCUAUGACCAGUUCAGAUCAGGCUGACGUGACACAUCAGUCUGAUCCAGCUACUUGUAAAUCUAGGUCCCGCCAGUCUGAUAAGACACAGCAGUCUGGCCCUGCAUAUAUAGCCUCUCCUAUUCCUUGUUCCAGCCUGUCAGCUGUGUCUCAAGGGUCUGGUACGCCCUUGUCUUUACUUGACAUUUUCCGAAACGCAGACGUAAAAGGCAAAUAA